AUGCACAGAAAACAUAUUUUAACAUUGUUGGAAUAUUUGAAGAAAUGGUUUCUGGUAGAUCCUCAAGGCCUUCCUAAAAUUAUUCCAAUAUUAUCUAUGAUCUGUAUAAUUGGAGCAUUUUUGAACAUGCACUUGAAAGAUUUUCCAAUUCCUCUCCCUGUGAUAUUAUUUUUAAUUGGAUGCAGUUUUGAAAUAUUAAGUUUCAUAUCGCUGAAGAUCCAAGAUUAUACAAAUACCAUUCAAUGGAUGAGUCCAAAAUUAUAUUUUGGUAUAUUCACACCAAUAAUUAUCUUUAAUGCUGCAUUUGACACGGAUAUAUACAUACUCCAAAAGUUAAUUUGGCAGAUCAUUAUAAUCACAAUUCCUGGUUUUCUUUUAAAUUAUAUGUUCAUUUUUUGGUAUCUGUCCUCUGUGAAUAAAUUACCUUUAAGGAUCAUACCAUCGUUACUAUUUUCACUUAUCCUAUAUAGUUCAGAUCCCAUGCUGACUGCAGUUGCUGUAAGAGAUCUUGGUCUUUCCAGAUCUCUUGCCACUUUAAUUAAUGGGGAAAGCCUGAUAUCCUCCAUUUUAUCUUUGAUGAUAUUUUCAACUAUGUUGAAAAUAAAUAUGCACAUGCAAAAGCAAAUGAACUAUUCCAUAGCCACUGACAUUGUGGGUGAAAUUGAGUACCAAGUUUUAGCAAGUUUUGUGGUUGGAAUUCUAAGUUCAAAAUUACUCCAACUGUGGAUGUCAACUAUUUGGGGAGAUGAUAUCAAUCAUAUAAGUCUCAGCUUUUCAGUUUUGUACCUCAUCUUUUAUAUUUGUAAUUUCUUAGGAAUGUCCGGAAUAUUUACUCUGACUAUUAUAGGACUCUUAUUAAAUUCUACAAGUUUUAAACCAGGAGUUGAAGCAUUUCUUCUUGAAUUCUGGAAUUGCCUAUCAUUUGUUUCAUUUCUUAUGGUGUUCACUUUUGUUGGACUUCUAAUCCCUGCACAAACAUAUUUACAUCUAUCAUUUUCUGAUAUAUAUUUUUCAUUAAAUAUUUACUUCACACUGAUUGUAUUGAGACUUCUGGUCAUUCUAUUACUAAGCCCUCUUUUGUCUCGACUUGAUCAUGGGUUCAGCUGGCGCUGGGCUUUCAUAAUGGUCUUGAGUGAGAUGAGAGGGACUCCUAACAUCGAUAUGGCCCUUCUACUUGCCUAUGACUCUUUCACUGGAACUGAGAGGGAAAAAUAUCAAAUGUUAUUUCAUGGAGUGUCUGUUUGCUUCAUUACCUUGAUUUUCAAUAAAUUUAUUUUGCCACUGGCUGUUACUAAACUAGGUCUUCAUGAUAUCACAUCAACAAAAUAUAAAUCACUGUAUUAUACAUAUAAACACUUUCAAGAGCUAACCAAAUCUAUAGCCUCUACACUCAAAUUUGAUAAAGAUCUUGCUAAUGCUGACUGGAACAUUGUUGAAAAAACAAUUAUACUUCAAAACCCAUAUGCGGCAAGCCAAGAAGAAACAACAGGCCAUCAAAUGGUGAGGUGUCCAGACUGUAACAAGGAAAUAGAUGAGACCCUUAACAUUGAAGCAAUGGAACUGGCCAACAGGCGACUUUUAUCAGCACAAAUAGCAAGUUACCAGAGGCAAUACAGGAAUGAGACUCUGACGCAGAGUGCAGUCCAGUUGUUGGUAGGUGCAGCAGGAAGCUUUGGUGAGAAGAAAGGAGUAUAUAUGAGCCCUGAGACAAUAAAGAAAUACUCUGAAAACAAAAAAUUGCUUUUCAUUAUGAGAAAAUUACUGCUCAAUUGGGUAUACAAUACAAGAAAAGAAAAGGGCUCCAAAUCAGGAUAUUUCUUAUUUCAACAAUUUCAUAACAUAGUAUGUACUGAUGAAUUUGAAUACGUUGGAUACCUUGUGAUACUAAUGAAUUUGUUUCCUAUUAUAAAUUCUUGGAAUUCCAUUUUAAGUAAAAUUUAUCAUAAAGAAUUAAAACGAGCUAACUACUCUUUUCUUGGAUUUUAUAUCAUAGAAGUCAUAUUUAAGAUGGUAGCUUUGAGGAAGGAUUAUUUUUUACAAACCUGGAACUUAUUUGAAUUAGCAAUGACAAUUGCUGGUAUCAUAGAUGUAACAUUUUAUGAGACACAAGAGACAACAGCCAAUAUAAGUAAUUUAAAUACUAAAGUAAAGAACUUCUUACAGUUUGUUGAACUACUUCGUUUACUACGUAUUUUGAAGCUUGUAACACCAAAGUUGUUGCAGUUAAUAGACAAAACAAUGAGUCAACAGCUGUCCUUUAGGUAUGCUGUACUAAAAGGCUAUGUCCAAGGUGAAUUAGACAUAAUGACUAUCAUUGAUCAGAUCUCAAGUUCUAAGCAGGUUAAACAGAUGUUAUUAAAGCGGGUAACAAGAAAUACUGGACGUGCUAUGAAAAAAUUAGGCUACUUAGAGUAUGAUCAUCCAGAAAUUGCCAUCACUAUGAAAACGAAGGAAGAAAUUCAUGUCAUGCUCAAUAUAGCAAGAGAAAUUGUGAAAGAUUUUAGGUUAAAAGGAAUUAUUCAUAAACUUGAAAGUUCUGAAAUUAAUAAGUUAAUCAUGGCCAAAAAAAGAGAGAUGCUUGACUUUGAACCAACUAUCAAGUCUCUUACUUUUGAAGAAGCACUGUAUCAUAUCCCAUGGCUAGAUAAAAAUCAGAAGCAUAUAGGUUUCGUUCAGGAAAAAGCCACAAUUGUAACAUUUGAUUGUGGAAAUGACAUAUAUAAGGAGGGUGAUGAGCCCAAAGGAAUCUAUGUAAUUAUUUCAGGCAUGGUAAAGCUUCAAAGAUCAAAGCCAGGUUUGGAUUAUGACCAAAUACUUUUAGAUUCAGAGGACAAGGAUUUUCAGAUAGCUCACACGUCCUAUGUGAUCAGUGGUGAGAUAAUAGGAGAGUUAAACUGCUUAACGAAUGAACCCAUGAAGUACUCUGUCACCUGCAAAACUGUAGUAGAGACUUUAUUUAUUUCCAGAAAGUAUUUGCUUCAAACUUUUAAACAAUGCUGUCCUUUGAUAGAAUACAAAAUGUGGCUAAAAAUUGGACUUUCUAUUACUGCCAAAAAAAUCAGAGAAAAUUUGUCUUACGAGGAUUGGAACUACAAGAUGCAAUUGCAACUCUGUAAUAUUUAUGUAAAGGAUGUACCAAUGACCACCAAAACUGACAUUCAUGAUGAGGCUGUAAUCAAUGUUAUUCUCAUACACGGAGCUGUAGAAGACUGUCAGUUACGGAAAUUUUAUAAGGCACCUUCUUUAAUUCCUAUUACAUGCCAUCAGAUACAAGGCAUUGAAGAUUUCACAAAAAUAAUGGUUCUUCAAACAUCAGUUGAUAGGACAAAAUACAAAUGGAAUACUAACCAGAAUAUACCUUCAUGUAAACAUGCUAUCCACACACAAUCAUUAGGUGAGUUUUAG